AUGAAUAAGGAUAUAUUGGAAAAACUAAUUGCUGAGUUAAAAGUUGUAUUAGAGAGUUUAGGAAAGCUACUUACAAAUCCAAACAACUAUGAAAGAAAGUUCUCUGAUGCCAUAAGAUCUGGUAUAUUUUUCUCAUAUUCUACGUUAAAUUGUCUCAGUGUUGAAUACCACUCUUUGUACCGUAAUCAACUCUUAAUAUUUAAAUUGUUUCUAUUAUUCUUAAUGAAAUGUUUUACUACAAAUAGUGAAGUUGAUCCUGAAUUGUUAAAUGAUGAGAAAAUAGUAGAAUACUCAUUCAUUUUUAAUUAUUUAUUCUCUCAUUUUGAUCAUGUUGAUUUUUCAUUAAUGUUACAAAAUGAAACAACUACUUUAAGGAGUCUUUUGAAAACCUAUUUCAAUGUUGUUUCAGUUAAAAAAGAGCUUGCUUCUGGUUGGUUUUCUCUUAUGUGGAUUGAAUCAUUUGAUAUAUCUAAUGAAUCAUUAAAUUCUUCUAUUCUAAAAUCUCGAAUAAGGAAACUUUUUGAUGAUGCUCGUUUCCCUUCAUAUGAUAUAUUAAAAUUUUAUUUUCAACAUACUACCGAUCACGAAAUCAUGGUCAAUUUAAAAACCUUGAUAAAUUUUGAUGAAGAAGAUAACACUCUUCUUCGCCGUUGGUUUAUGAGUGAUUACUGUCUGUUGUUUGAUGAUUUGGCCAAUAUUACUGAAAGAUAUUCCCCACAUAAUUCGAUUGAAGAAAAUUUAAAAUAUCCUAUAAAUUGCCUUACAUAUAUUCUCUGUAACUGUUUUGAAGCAUUAGGUUUUAAAUUAACUUCCCAACUAGAAGGUUGGUUAAUGAAUAAUUUAAAUGAGGGUAUAUUUAAUAUGCUGAUGGUAGUACGAAUUAUAUAUAAAUUAUCAACGUAUAGUGGCCUGUCAAAGUACAUCUUAGGUUUAUUAUCAAAUUUACAAAUUUGUUCAUGUUUAUUAUUGAAUAUAAAUAUUAAGGAAGAUGAAUUUUGUUCUAUAUUAAUAUUUUGGAAUAUGGUUCAAGAUGAUCCUCAUUUAGCAACAUCCAUUUUCGCUGAAGAAAUUAGAGAUUAUGAUUUUGAAACUGAUACUAAUGAAUUAAGAGUUAUGGCUCAUCUUUUGUUUGAAAAUGAUCAAGAAGUGCUUGCUAUGGAACUAUCUAGUUUAUUUGAGGAAUAUAUUGAGUCCGAUAUUGAUUAUGAAUUAAAGAAAGAUUCAAUUCCAGUAAAAAUUUUGUUAACAACUCUUUUAAAAUUCUUUACUAAUGAUCCUGAAUUAAAUCAAUUUAUGAUUAAAUUAAAUCGAAUCCUUUUAACUCGAAUCAAAAUGUGGAGUAGUGAAUUAUAUCGACUGAUAAUUUAUUACUUACCGAUUCAAUAUUACAUGAUUUAG